AGGGAGCACGUCAGCCGGCGGCGUCGCUCGUCCUGGGGAUAACAAGAGGCGGGCCCAGCUGAGGCCAGAGGUAAACAUGGCGGCGGUGUCCAGGGCUAUUCUCAGGUCCAGGCCUCUCCUCGGCCUCCAGGGCCUCCAGGCCUCCAGGGCUGCUGGACAUUGGAAUAAGGACUGGAAACCAAAACCAUAUCCCGUUACUCCGGAGGAGCGUGCAGAAGCUGCCCGCAAAUAUGGCCUGCGUCCUGAUGAAUAUGAGCCAUACCCUGAUGAUGGGCUCGGAUACGGAGACUACCCAAAUUUACCCGUUGUGGCGGCUGAGGCCAGGGACCCCUAUGAAAAUUGGGACUACCCAGAGCACCGUAGAAAUUUUGGAGAGCCGGUGCCUGUAGACUUUGACAUGUAUGGCUUGGACCGUGUGAAUGUCACGUCAAGGCUGCGCUACUCUGCAACACAACAGGCCCUUGCUUUCUUCUCCGUAAUGGGGACGAUUCUGGCAGUGUAUUAUUACUGUGAAGACAAGAAGAUUCACUGGCCCGUGCUUCCAAAGCAGUAUCCUCAAGGCACGGCAGUUCAUUACACCUUCGAGCCGCUAGAUUAAAGAUGGAAGGGAGUGACAUUUGCUGUAUAUAAAGUGAUGGACAAUUAUGUCGCUUGUAAACUGUUUAAUAUAAUAAUAAAUAUUAUUAAAUA